AUGGCAUCCGAUAACUCUAAAAUUCAUGCUGAUGCAUCUGGCAACUCAAAAGAAAAACGUCUAACACUUUCUUUAGCAUUCAUUGAUGAUGAUAAAAGUAUGGAUGAAGUUAUAGAUGAAGUUAAUUCACCUAUUUUGAAUAAAUAUAAAACAAUAAACGGAAGAGAUUUCUUCGAUAUUGAAGAUUUAACUUAUACAUUACCAUCUGAUAAGUUGGAGGCUGAUAGAGGAACUCUGUCACAUAUAUUAAAUAAACAUGCCUGGAAAGGUAACUUUCGCUCUCCAAUUGUAGAAAAGUUGAAAAAUGGUGGUGCUAAAGUACUUGAUAUUGGUUGUGGUUCUGGUAACUGGAUAAUUGAUAUGGCAUUAGAAUAUCCAUCUUCAACAUUUAUAGGAAUUGAUGUAAAUUCUUCGUUUUUUCCAUCGAAUGAUAAAUGUCCUUCAAACGUCUGUUUUCUUACAUCCAAUGUAAUUUAUGGAAUUCCAUUCCCUAUGGAGACUUUUGACUUUGUUUAUUUGGGCAUGAUGUUUUCUGCAUUUACCGAUUCGCAAUGGUCCAAAUUAAUCAAAGAUAUUAUCAGAGUUUUAAAAUAUGAAGGAUGGAUAGAAUCUUUAGAAGGAACUGGUAUAUUAAUAAAUUGUGGAAAAGUUACAAAUUGCAUUGGAGAGGCUGUUCGUAAAGCUUGCAUUAAAGAAAAAGGCAUUAAUUUUCUAAUUAGUACUUUGAUGCCAAAAAUGUUUGAGUCAAAUAAAGAGCUUACAAAUAUACAAUGUAUUAAAGUAGAAUAUCCAAUAGGCGAAUGGUUUGGAUAUUUCGGUAAAUGCUCGGUGAUCAAUAUUCGUAGAUUUUUCCAAAGCUUUGUCUUUGUCCCUGAAUAUUUGGGUGUAACUUAUGAGGAAUAUAUUGACUUGUUGGACAUUUUUGUUAAGGAAGCAAACGAAAAUAAAACCUACACUUAUUCUCAAAGUCAAAGUGAUAAUUAUAAUUCUAAUAGUCCUAAUCAAAGUAACCAAAAUAAUAAUUCAGAGCAGAAUAGAAAUAGUAUUUAUGAAGAAAUUGAUUUCAGUAAAGAAACUGAUAAUGAAGGUUAUGAAAGAGUUAUUUUAUCUUUAUUAUUAAAAAUUAAUUCAAGAUCACCAGAAAUCUUAGAUAUCUUUUCAGAACUAUUAUAUAAUCCAGUACAACUUUUACAUAAUCUACUACUUUUAAAAGAAAUUUAUAUAAUACAAUAA